UCGUUCACCCCACACUGAUUAUUUCUAUUAUUAUUUUUUUUACAUUUUCUGCAGCUCAGAGCAGAAAGAUGAGGCGAUAAAAGCAGAUUUCUCGGCUGUGACUCGGUUUCUUUGUUCCUGCAUUUGUUCCUCUGCAGUUUCUCUUCAUCUCUUCCUCCUUUCUCGCUCUCAUGCAUCCUCUCCUGCGUAUUUUCUCUCCAUUUUCUUCUUCAGUUUUUGUUUCGUUCGGUUUGCUGUUUGAGUUCAGCUCCUUCAUCUCUGCAGAAGGCGAUGUGCUUUCUGGCAACAAUGACAUCAUCGCUGAGAGCAUGCACACACACACACUCACAGAUGCACGCAGUGACACACACACACAAAGUUAGGACAUUGUGUUUGCGUUUGCAUUUAAAUUUUGCAACAAAUUCAUGUUUUUAAUCAAUUUCUGCAGAAAAAAGCAAAUGUAAACAUAAAUAUGCCUCCUCAUUUACAAAGUAGAGCUUUGCUGCUUUUCUCCGUUUACUCUCUGAAUCUUUUUGCCUUCUUAUGUUUAGAAUUAGAAAUGCAGUUUGUGGAGAUAAAUGUUGGUAUUUUCUUCAUUUUCUGGGCUGCAGACUUGAAAUGAUCAAAUGCAAAUAGCUUAAAAGAUGAACUUGUAGUGAAAGAUGAAUCUUAAGCAGGCUUGGAUAAUAGCUGGAGUUGACUUUGAAAUUCAAAUGAUUUUCAUGCAGUUUGUAAUUUGCUGCAGUGACUGAGUAACAUCGUGUUUACCAGGCUUUCAGAACAGAUCAGAGUUUAUCUGCAGGAAAGUUCAGAUAACAUCGUGUUUGCUGUGGUUUCAUAACAGAUGCAGACAAAACUACAAAUACAACCAUAGUCUGCUUUUAAAUCUUUACAUUUCUUAGAACUGUGGAGGUCAGUGUGAAUCCGAGACAGAUCUGUAGAAUCUCUCUGUAAAGCCUUACACGGAAGAAAGUGAUGAUGUUCCUGCACAUGUGAUCUGAAUGAUCUCUGAUGAGGGAACAGCAGAAAAAGCUGCUGAGUUUUUGUUUCUGGGGCACACUGAGGGUUUCUCUCUGCAACGGCGGCUUCGCUUCGGAGGCCAAAGCCCGAGCGGCUCCUCGUGUCUCUGCUGCUGAUUCAUUCGUCACACUGAGUGGAUUAUUUUAAGCUCCCGAAGCAAAUCAGUGGCAGGUGUCGAAUCUUCUCGUGUGAAUGACUCACACGAGCCGAGAAAAGCUGCAUCGUGAGCAAAAGCUGACCUUUAAAUCGAAUCGAUGGCAGAGAUAUUCUUAGUGUGUGAACCUGAGAAAGCAAAAUGACACUGAAUCACAGCGGACGAGCGAGCUGCGGAUGAAACAGCAAGAGCAAAGAUGCGGCUCGUGCAGGGUUUGAUGUUUGUGUUGCUGCCUGAGAGGCAUUGUUGUUCAUCGGCUUCCACUGAUUAGAUGUGUCUCUCUGCAGGAACAGACUCUACCUCACCACAGUGUCUUUGACUGAGAACAGCAGCAGCAGCAGCAGGAUGACUCUAGCAGCUUACAGGGAGAAGAUGCGAGACCUCCCCCUGGUGUCUCUCUUCUGCUCCUGCAUCCUUCCCGAGCCCAGAGAGCCGGCGGCCAACAAGAAGGAAGGCGUGGUGGACUUGAACCUCUGCAACAUCCGGGACAUGGAGGUGAUCGAACUGAGCAAGCGAGCGAGUGGCCAGGCCUUCGAGGUCAUUCUGAAGCCACCCACCUUCGACGGCGCCCCCGAGCUCAGGGCCACGACACCGCCUCGCCAGAAACCAUCGCUGGCGGAGAUCCAGAAGAAACUGGAUGCUGCUCAGGAAAGGAGGAAGUGUCAGGAGGCGGAGCUGCUGAAGCACCUGGCCGAGAGGAGGGAGCACGAGCGGGAAGUCGCUCAGAAAGCUUUGGCCAAAGAGUGUCAGGAGCAUCGCGCCACCGCCAACAUGGAGCAGCGGCAGAUGCACCUGAACGCCUCACAGGAGAGGCUCCACGAGGAGGACAAGCACAGCGUGGAGGUGUCUUGAUGGCCUGAUCACAACACAAGCUGAACCUUAUUUGGAAGCCAUUUUGGAGGGCUGAUGAGCUGAUAUUUGAUGUGCCGGGAUGCUGGUGCUACUCCGGCGCAGAGACUGACAGGAAGUAGCUCUGAAAAGAGUAAGAGAAGAAGACGAUGAGGAGGGCAGAGGGCAAGACCGACUGCACAACAACUCCUCUGUACAACCAGGACUCUCUUUAACAAGACGAACUCUUUAUAACGAGACGGACGCAGCAGAUUCAGUCGUCGUUAGAUGGUUUGAAGGGGUUUUACUGUGCUUUGUUUCCAUGCCAACGGUGCCAAUGUGCUCAUGUGUGUGUGAAUGUGUGUGCCUAUCAACCAAACAUGAAUUGGGCCU